AUGGGGCCCAGCACCCGCCUGCGGCGGGUGGCCGCUGCCGAGGCGCCGCCGGCGGGCCAGGAGCAGGCGGGGGCGCGGCCCUCAGGCCCGGCGCAGGAGUGGCCGCCGCCCUCCCAGCCGGACUGGUACAGGGCGGAGCUGAAUCGCUUCAACCGGAAGCACAAGCAGGCGCUGGAGCGCUUUGAGAGGGACCGCCUUAUUUUCCGACGAAUCAUGGGGUCUUCCCGCUCGUUGACUGUUCGUCCUUAA